CCCCGCCAAAAACCUACCUUUUGACCCAACAAGAGUUCGACGACCUACUUACACCUAAGCUUCUAACAUCAUAAAAAACAUAAUCAGCCCUCAAACGCCCUAAAACUCUUACACUCGUCAAAAUGGUCGACAUCAGCCCUGCUUUCGUCAAGGCCCAGGAAGACUCCAGGAAGCUUACCUCCAAGCCUGACAACAAUGAACUCCUCGAGCUCUACGCUCUCUACAAGGUCGGCAACGGCGAAGACUUCAGCAAGGCCGAGAAGCCAGGCGUAUUCGACCUGAAGAACAAAUACAAGUACCAGGCGUGGCAGAAGGUCGUCGACGAGGGCGUCAGCCCCGCAGACGCCCAGGACCGCUACGUCAAGCUGGUCGAGACCCUGAAGGAGAAGUACGGCUACGACGCGGACAAGGAGCCCGAGGCCGUCAAGAGCUCUUAGAUUUUGUACCUAAUGUAUAGAGCUCUGGUUCCGUCGUUGCAGCAUCUAUCGCGUUCUCUUCGUCUUAAGCCAGUCGGUUUAGCCCCGUGUUCAUAGCGAUGUUAGGUACGCUCCAGUCUCGAAGGGGUUCCUUGGAUUCUCCCGCGGUUAGAUUGUAUGGGUAGCGAUAAGCUACCGACGUUAUAGCCAAAUAGAUUAAUCUAUAUCAUUACGUGGACGUGCGAACGCGACUUCAU